CGACGGGUCGCCUCGUAGCUGGACUGCACCUCGUUCGGGACCCGGUUCCCUUGACAAAAUUCAGUGGAGCCCUCGCAAUACCGGGAAAUCCAGUACGCAUACACACAUUCGGUGUGUGAAGCGGAGUCCCCAUGGCUUCCAAUAAUAUGUACAGAGUCGGAGACUUCGUUUAUUUCGAGUCUUCCGCAACCGCCCCCUAUCAGAUUCGUCGGAUUGACGAGCUCAAUAAGACCCCCACCGGCGCCGUCGAAGCAAAAGUGGCCUGCUAUUUCCGUCGCCGGGAUGUUUCUAUUGCACUGAUCAACCAGGCCGAGAAGUAUUAUGUCAAUGACUACGAUGGUAGUGAUGAGGACUGUGGUCUGCCUGACUCGGCUCCCAAUGGUGUUGGUGGUGAUGGUGGGCCGACAAAGCGCUCACGAACCGCGAUCACCGAGUUGGAUAAGCAUCGGAUCAAGCAUCGGGAAUUGUUCCUUUCCCGGCAAAUUGAGUGUCUUCCUGCCACACACAUACGUGGAAAAUGCUCCGUCACACUGUACAAUGAUGCCGAACCGCUGACCAACUAUCUGGCGCGGGAGGACACGUUCUACUACAAACUAAUCUAUGAUCCCGCGCUAAAGACAUUGCAAGAGGACCGCGGUGCCAUGCGCAUCGGAUCGGAUCAUCAGUCGGAAAUUCAGUCACUACUGAAGGAAUCCGAAACUGAUCCCAGAUUCUCAAGCAAGCUCGAAGAGCUUGUCUGGAAACCGGGUCGUCUCACAAAUCAAGAGAUUGACAUGUUCUGUCUGCUGGUCCGUGCAGUCGGCACCUUGGGUCGUGCCUACGAUACUUCGUCUUCGUGUCGACAACCCCUCCUGUUGAGUGCUGCCUCUGCUUCAGGGCGCGAUAUCACCCGACAGCAUGCGCACGAUCUACUUCACAAAGCAGACUAUGAUGUCAAGAAAGCCAUCGAACUUCUGUUGCCAGGUGGACAACCGGUGAUUUGUAAAGACCAGCUCGAAGAAUGGUCCACGAGUGAGUCGCACCUGUUCGAAGAAGCCUUGGACAAAUAUUCCAAAGUAUUUCCGGAUAUUCUGUCGGACUAUAUGCCGUGGAAGACACACAAGUCCCUUGUGGAAAUGUACUAUUUCUGGAAGACCACCGACCGGUACGUGCGGCAAAGACGAACCAAGCUGGCUGCACAGGAACACAAACUCAAACAAGUCUACAUCCCAAACUAUAGCAAGCCCAAUCCGUCCGUCCUGUACAACGGACCGGAUAAAGGUGGUCGAGGUUGCGAAGGCUGUCCAGCCACCAUUUCUCCCCAGUGGUACGCCUGGGGUCCCCAGAAUCUCCUCUAUCGGCUAUGUACCAGCUGUUGGACCUAUUGGAAGCGCUAUGGGGGUUUGAAGAAUCUGGUGUCCAAAGGAUCCGGCUCUAAUUCCUCCAGUGGCCGUCCUUGUCCAGAACAGCGAGCACAAGAGCGACAGGCGGCAUCGCGAACAUCGUCCCAAACCUCGGGUUCCACAAGCGAGACCGAUUCCAAAUCCAUGGUGAUUGCGGACGGUCCUGUUGGUUCUACAUCCUCAACAUCCGUUCCAUCACAGUCAGCGAUGCGCUAUGCCGAAGGGAGCGGCGCCCCCGCCGCGCUAGUCAGUGGUCCUCGUGGUACCCUGUGCUUCAGAACCCCGUCAGUUAUCCGAUUGGCACGUGUGCUUUGCCCUGAACUCGUGCGCCCUAUUCUUCUCGCUCGACGCCCUGGUAAGCCGGCAGAAACCACAGCAACAGGAGGUCCCUCCAGCAUAUCUGGAUCAGGCGAUGCGGUCACAGACAGUUUGUCGUUUGCGGCGCUGCGGACAGCCGUUGAACCUCUCCUCUCUCGCCUACCCGACCCAACGGUGUUGCUGGUCAGGCCACGCCGAAUCGCCCCACUUGACUGUGUAAUAAAUAACUUGGCCGAACGUAAAGGCAUCCCGCUACGACGAAUCGAUUUCAGUCACGCCCUCGGGUCAGCGAGCCAACUGAAUGGACCGAUUCCGGCAGCGGGCAAGCGACUCCGUUCCCCCAGUGGUGGGAAUGAACUCAACGGCACUGGGGCGUCCGGUACGAAACGGGAGACGGGCGAUUUACUCAACGGAACACAACCUGUCCAAGAAGGCAACAACUCCACCUCACCUCCACCGUGUAAGAAACAAGCCACUACUGGAGCGACGGGCGGAACUCGCACAGAUCCGAGUAAUGGGAUAAUAAUUGUUCCGGACGGACCGGUCGAAAAUCAUCUACGGGCGAGAUGGCCCAAGUGCUUAGAUCGCGAAUUUACUGACCGGAGGGUCCGUGGUUCGAACCCGACCCCUGGCUCUCGACUUCCCCUGUCUAGGAGGCUUGGGCAACCUCACAGUAUCCCAGCCCUCGUGCUUCCUUCGGGUAGCAUGGCAGUUAGGCACCUGCAGGGUGCUACAGCUGAAUGA